GGAGGUGCUGAAAAACGUUACACUGGGGAGAGAGAGGGCUGUGUUACCAGAGAGAAAGAGAGUGGAAGAGAAAGAGUGAGUGAGAGAAAGAGGGGGAGACAGAAAGAGAGAGAACGAGAGAGAGAGAGAGAGGGGCAAAGAAUAGAAAGAGCAUUGUGUUGCUGCUGAAAAGAGCCCAUGUCCGCACAAAGAGACAUGAAAGAGAAGAACCCCUGGCACACGCCGGUGACCAUCAUCUUCUCUGUGAUUGGUGUCAUAGCGAUCGUUGCCUUGGUGACGGUAGCAGUUUUGCAGAACAGGCCUCUCCCCCAAAAGUACAAGUAUGGAAUCGUGCUGGACGCUGGAUCCUCCCACACGGCUCUGUAUAUCUACCAGUGGCCGGCAGAAAAAGAUAACAACACUGGCAGAGUUGAGCAGACGGUCUCCUGCAAAGUCGAAGGUCCAGGUAUUUCCAGCUACGCGUCUGCUCCAUGGAAAGCCGGGGAGUCUCUGACAGAUUGCUUGCAGAAGGCCAAGCAGGAAGUUCCUGGAAGGAGACACAGCGAGACCCCUCUGUACCUGGGCGCCACUGCGGGGAUGAGAUUACUUAAUUUAGAGAACAGCUCGGCGUCGACGAAGGUCUUUCAGGCUGUGGAGGAAGCGCUGCAAAAGUGCCCCUUUUCCUUUCAGGGAGCGAGGAUCCUCAGCGGCCAGGAAGAGGGCGCCUUCGGCUGGGUCACGGUCAACUACUUGGAUGAUCGCCUCAAACAGAACUUGCAAACCAGAGGCGCCCUCGACCUUGGGGGGGCCUCCACUCAAAUUAGCUUUGUUUCCGACACAUUUGACGGAUCUGAGUCACCCGACAACGCCGUCACCUUCCGUCUUUACGGUAAUGACUACAACCUGUACACCCACAGCUUCCUGUGUUACGGGAAAGACCAAGCAUUACGGAAGACGUUGGCACAACAAACUAAGUCAGGUCCAGGAACAAUAUUAGAUCCCUGUUUCCACCCUGGUUACACCGAUACAAAGAACUACUCCGUCCUCUAUGACAGCCCCUGCGUGUCCGACAGGAAACCCCAGGGAGCUCCUGCCACCUUCAAUCACACAGGGAAAGGAAACUUCUCUCUGUGCCAAGAAGUCGUCAAACGCAUCUUCAACUUCACAGAGUGCAAAUACAGCCAGUGCUCUUUCAAUGAGGUCUUCCAGCCACGGUUGCAGGGGCCAUUUGGGGCCUUCUCUGCUUACUACUUUGUGAUGAACUUCCUCAAUCUGACAGACACAUCCAUCCCUCUUGAAACUGUCAAGGAAAGGCUAUCACGCUACUGUGCUACCCCUUGGAACCAGAUAAAGGAGCAGCAUCAAGGAGUAAAACUAAAGUACUUGGCCGAGUACUGUUUCUCAGGCACGUACAUCGUCACCCUGCUGACCGAAGGAUACAACUUCACCUCAGAGACCUACCCCAACAUCAAAUUCAUCAAGAAGAUAAAGAACAGCGACGCAGGCUGGACGCUGGGCUACAUGUUGAACCUGACCAACAUGAUUCCAGCCGAGGCCCCCGACUCCCCCCCUCUGCCCUACGCCAGCUACGUCUCCAUAGUCACCGUCAUGGCAAUUCUGCUCUUCGUCCUCUUCAUCUUCAGCCUGCGUCCCCUCUGGCCCCGGUGCUCCAAGCAUCCACAGAUUAUAUAAAACACACACACACACAGACAAACACACAAACAUAUAUAAUGUAUGUUUGAGUUAUGGUGAUUAAGGGAAUAUGUGAGAAUUUGUGAGUGUGCCAGCAUGAGCUAUUUUACCAAUUUGUGAAUAUAAAGAUUGUCCACUUUACGCUUUCCAGCCUUUGUGAGGAUUUCGAAGGUCGACUUUGCUGCACGACAAACAGUCCUGCAGCUUCACACGGACUCAAGGACAUUUCAGGAGGACAAUUGUUUUCUCUCACCGGGGGAGUGAGCUCUGCUUCCCUGGUUGAAGGACGUUUACUGUGUUUAUGCGUGAGUGCGUUUGAAUGUGUGCACCCACAUCAGUCUGCAUGUACAGUAUGUGCUUCGAACUGUAAUGUGAAUAUGAUACUGUAUAAAUAAAACAACCCAAGUUUAUAUAAA